UUACAGCAGAAAAAGCAAACAAGAACUGGAAAAUGGGAAAACUUAUUCUAUAUGGAAUCGAUGGGAGUCCACCAGUUCGCUCGGUCCUGCUAACCCUUAAUGCCUUGGGGCUGGAAUUCGAGUACAAGAUUGUAAACCUGAUGACCGGAGAGCACCUCAAGCCGGAAUAUCUGAAGAUCAAUCCACUUCAUACUGUUCCUACCUUGGGGGACGAUGGCUUCUAUAUCAACGAUAGCCAUGCCAUCAAUGCCUAUCUGGUAAGCAAAUACGGCAAGGAUGAUACCCUCUACCCCAAGGACCUUCAAAAGCGGGCCAUUGUGGAUCAACGGCUGCACUAUGACUCCAGUGUCUUGGCCACCACGGGUCGUGCACUCACCGCCCCGUUGAGGGAGGGCAAGACCGAGAUACCCAAGGCUAGAUUCGAUGCCCUGGAAGAGGUCUACAAGACACUCGACUUGUUCCUGGCAAGCAAUGACUUUCUGGCUGGAAAUUACCUAACCAUCGCUGAUUUCCACGUCAUCGCAGUGCUUUCAUCUACGAUACUCCUCCGUGAUGUGGAUGCCACCAAAUACCCAAAGUUGGCGGGUUGGAUUCAGCGCAUCAGGAGGUUGCCCUACUACGAGGAGGCCAACGGAUCACGAAUGUCGCAGGUUGCCAACUUUAUCAAGAGCAAAAAAUACACUAUUGUCUAAACAGCUGCUAUUUUUUACAUACAAAUCCUAAUAAACUAUAAUAUUUAUCAAAUCGAAA